AUGAUGAGUCAGCAUCCGCCAAAGAAUUUGUCAACAAAGAAUAAGCCAGCUGCACCAAAAGCUGUUGAGCCGUCACCGUCGAAUAGGCUUCUAGCCGGGUAUCUUGCUCACGAGUUCUUGACCAAAGGGACUCUGUUGGGUCGGAGGUUUGAACUCGACUCAGUUCAGGCCGAGCCAAAAAGAAGCCAGUUGAACUCACAAGCUGCGGAGGUGAAAUCCAGUGCAGUGCAGGAGCAUGGUAGUUACGAAGAGGUUGCAAACCUUUUGAAAACAAAGGGGACCUACAUAAAGGGUAUUGUGAACCCCACACAGCUUUCCAAUUGGAUUAACAUGUGA